AUGCCCACUGUCGAAGCUCCCAAGCAGCAGGUGCCAAUGGAGGCCGCCGCCGAGGCGACUGCUCCGGGCCAAAUCAUCACGCGCCAGCCGAAAUCUGAGCCGCUUCCACAACUCGAGAACGAGGCCUCGCUGCGAGGCGGCGGCAUGAAUGUUGGCUGCACGUGCUGCGACGGCACCUGCUCAUUCCAUCGAUACUGCUGCUAG